AUGGACAAUAUAACCGACUAUCACAUUGAUACCAAUCUCGGAGCAGGAUCCAAAUGGAUUUCCCUACAGAGAAUUUACUACUCACAGAAUGGAGUUUCUAAAUCGUGGGAUAUGGCCAUCACGAAGGAUUCUGUUGCAGCCUUGUUGUAUCAUAGAGAGAGGGAAUGUUUCUUGUUGGUAAAACAAUUCCGACCACCUGUAUUCGUUCGACAAUUAAUGGAGGCUAAAACUGAAGAGGAAAAAACAAAUUUAAAAGCCAAGAUGAGUUUUGAAUUAUGUGCUGGUUUGUUGGAUAAGGAUGGCAAAUCACCAGUUGAAACAAUGCAAGCUGAGAUUUUGGAAGAAUGUGGAUAUCAAGUACCAUUGAAGGCGAUUGAACCAAUCACUAAUUAUUAUUCUGGAGCUGCAAAGAAUAAUGCAAUUCAACAUUUGUUUUAUGUGGAAGUGAUGGAGGAAUUGAGUGAAUCGACUGAUCCUGGAUUGAUUUCAAAGAAGGUUAGUGAAGGAGGAGGUUUGGAAUCUGAAGGUGAAAUGAUUGAUGUAAUAGAGUUGCCACUUGCAAAAGCAAAGGAGUUUAUGAUGGAUGAGGAAAUUGUUCGUUCUACUGGAAUAUUAUAUGCUAUUAGUUGGUGGUUUUUGGAAAAGGCAACUCCUGAACAAGUUGCUAAAUAUUACAAGAAGUAA